UUACUCUAUAAAUCCACUCCCAUGCAUUCUCAUUUCUCCUCAGAAAACAUUUUCCCUUUUGUUUCUUUAGUAGAAAACGCACCCUGAAACACUUCCGGAAUGGGUGUCAACUCCAACAGGGUCGAGAACUUCUCCGACCAUGACAACGACACCGACCACCCGCAAGCCCAAACCAUCAUAAGAGUCGAGUCGCUGCCUCUGCCGCAGCCCCAGCGGGGGGUGCAUAGAGUUUCCAUGCCGCCGAAACGUACCACCCUCCAGAAACUCAAGCAGAGGCUGGCCGAGAUCUUCUUCCCCGAUGACCCACUGCACCGGUUCAAGAACCAGUCGUGGGUCAGGAAGUUCAUUCUCGGGCUGCAGUUCCUCUUCCCAAUCUUCCAGUGGGCUCCUGAGUAUGGGCUUCGUCCCUUCCGGUCUGAUCUCGUGUCGGGCCUCACCAUUGCCAGCCUCGCCAUCCCGCAGGGAAUCAGCUAUGCCAAGCUUGCGAAUUUGCCACCCAUAGUUGGGCUCUAUUCAAGCUUUGUGCCACCACUGAUAUACUCAGUGCUGGGGAGCUCAAGACACCUCGGAGUAGGACCAGUCUCCAUAGCCUCUCUUGUGAUGGGGUCUAUGCUGACAGAGUCAGUCUCAUCCACUCAGGAUCCCAUUCUCUAUCUCAAAUUGGCCUUCACUGCCACCUUCUUCGCUGGCCUAUUCCAGGCCUCUCUGGGUCUCCUAAGGUUGGGCUUUGUGAUUGAUUUUCUGUCAAAGGCGACACUGGUGGGGUUCAUGGCUGGGGCAGCCAUCAUUGUCUCGCUGCAACAGCUGAAGGGUUUGCUUGGGAUCGUCCAUUUUACUUCGAAGAUGCAGUUUGUCCCUGUCAUGUCCUCUGUCUUCAAACAAAGAGACGAGUGGUCUUGGCAGACUGUGGUGUUGGGCAUCAGCUUCUUGAUCUUCCUAUUGGGAACUAGGCACAUUAGCAUGAGAAGACCAAAGCUCUUCUGGGUCUCCGCUGCUGCUCCUCUUACCUCAGUGAUCAUCUCGACGCUCAUCGUCUACCUCCUCCGUUCAAAGGCACAUGGAAUCUCAACUAUUGGACACUUGCCGAAAGGUCUUAACCCUCCUUCAUCAAACAUGUUAUAUCUCAGUGAGCCGUAUCUUGCUCUCGCUGUAAAAACUGGCCUAGUUACAGGGAUUUUGUCUCUCACUGAAGGAAUUGCAGUAGGAAGAACAUUUGCUGCCCUGAAGAAUUACCAAGUCGACGGGAACAAGGAAAUGAUGGCAAUUGGUAUGAUGAACAUGGCCGGGUCUUGUUCCUCGUGCUAUGUCACCACAGGUUCAUUUUCUCGAUCUGCGGUGAACUACAAUGCCGGAGCACAGACGGCAGUUUCGAACAUAGUGAUGGCUACGGCUGUCCUAGUGACACUUCUCUUCCUCAUGCCCUUGUUCUAUUACACCCCGAACGUAAUCUUAGCGGCUAUCAUCAUAACAGCUGUGAUCGGCCUCAUAGAUUAUCAGGCGGCUUUUCGGUUGUGGAAAGUCGACAAGCUCGACUUUGUGGCUUGCCUGUCUUCUUUCUUUGGAGUUCUCUUCAUUUCUGUGCCUCUUGGUCUUGCCAUUGCAGUCGGAAUUUCCGUUUUCAAGAUUCUCCUGCACGUCACAAGACCGAACACAGUUGUCCUUGGGAACAUUCCUGGAACUCAAAUAUACCAGAGUCUAACCAGAUACAGGGAAGCCCUCAAAGUUCCUUCCUUCCUUAUACUUGCUGUUGAGGCUCCCAUCUACUUUGCCAACUCCACCUACCUUCAAGAAAGGAUAUUAAGAUGGGUGAGGGAGGAGGAAGAGUGGAUAAAGGAGAAUAAUGGGAGUGCACUCAAGUGCUUAAUCCUGGACAUGACUGCUGUGACUGCCAUAGACACAAGCGGGAUAGAUGCCAUCCGCGAAAUCAAGAAGAUGCUCGAGAAAAGAUCGAUCAAGCUUGUGUUGACGAAUCCUGUCGCCACUGUAAUGGAGAAGCUACACCAAUCGAAGACAUUGGAGUACUUGGGACUGGAUGGCCUCUAUGUAACAGUUGGAGAGGCCGUCUCCGACAUCUCUUCGCAAUGGAAAUGCCAUGCUUAAUGCUGACCCUUCUCUGUAGAAGCCUCGGAAAAUUAUAUAGAGACCAAGGGACUGUACCAGUUUAACACCAUUGGUGGGUAGACAUAGUUCGACCUGCCCUCUUCCAAGUAAGGUCCUAGGAAUUGGGAGCUCGAAUAUUUCUCCCUGUCAAAAUUUCGGCAAUUUUCCCCUUACAAACAUUUUGGUAUUACCGCCGGCAAGCGGAAGGAGCUAUGCUUCUCUUCUAGGAAGAGAUUUUUGAAGUAUAAAGAUAAACAAUGCUAAUCAAGAGUAUUCUUAUCCCAA